UCUAAUUUUAAACAGUAUUUGGAAACUAGUAAAGCGUACGAUAACAAAAGGUGCGCAAUGGUCUCCUUCACCACCCUGCGCAAAUUAGGGCAGGUCUCGUCAAAAUUUCCCAGUAGUUUACCAUUACACCAAUGGAUCCUUGAUUGAUCGGGUUUUGAGCCGACCUUUUACUUGUAUUAAUGAGGUACAUGAUGUCUGAAGAGGCUGGACAUAUGCUCAUGGUUUAUGAUGAACCGUCAGACCAGCGAUCUCUGUCUUUGGAUGAUACAAGUAGCACAGAGGAAUCACCUGAUGAAACCAGACUUUCACUGGAAACUACUAAUGAUGCAAUUCCAUACAUUGGGCAGAGAUUUGCUACUCAUGAUGCAGCUUAUGAAUUCUAUACAGAAUUUGCCAGGCGAUGUGGGUUCUCAAUCCGCCGUCACCGCACAGAAGGAAAAGAUGGGGUUGGGAAAGGACUCACUAGACGUUAUUUUGUCUGCCAUCGUGCUGGUAACACCCCUGCAAAAACCUCAAAUGAAAGUAAACCUCAAAGGAAUAGAAAAUCCUCCCGAUGUGGUUGUCAAGCAUAUAUGAGGAUAAGCAAGACCACGGAGUUAGGGACACCAGAAUGGCGUGUCACAGGUUUUGCAAACCACCACAAUCAUGAACUCCUAGAACCAAAUCAAGUCCGUUUUCUUCCUGCAUAUCGAACCAUAUCAGAUACAGAUAAAAGCAGAAUCCUCAUGUUUGCCAAAACGGGAAUUUCAGUUCAGCAAAUGAUGAGGCUUAUGGAGCUUGAAAAAUGUGUGGAGCCUGGAUAUUUACCAUUUACAGAGAAGGAUGUGAGGAAUCUACUCCAGUCCUUCAGGAAAUUAGAUCCAGAAGAUGAGAGCAUAGACUUAUUAAGAAUGUGCAGAAACAUAAAAGAGAAGGACCCCAACUUUAAAUUUGAAUACACACUUGACUCGAACAAUAGGUUAGAGAACAUAGCUUGGUCAUACACGUCAUCCAUCCAGUCAUAUGAGAUCUUUGGUGAUGCAGUGGUAUUUGAUACAACACAUCGCUUGACAGCAUUUGACAUGCCCCUUGGGAUAUGGGUUGGAGUGAAUAAUUAUGGUAUGCCAUGUUUCUUUGGUUGCGUGCUCUUACGAGAGGAAAAUUUGAGGUCAUUAUCAUGGGCACUGAAGGCAUUCCUAGGCUUCAUGAAUGGGAAGGCUCCACAAACAAUUUUAACUGACCAGAAUAUGUGCCUCAAAGAAGCAAUAGCUAUGGAGAUGCCAACAACGAAACAUGCACUUUGCAUAUGGAUGAUUGUGGCGAAGUUUCCAUCCUGGUUUAAUGCUGUUUUGGGAGAACGUUAUAAUGAGUGGAAGGCAGAUUUUCAUCGACUCUACAACCUGGAGUCAAUUGAGGAUUUUGAACUGGGUUGGAGGGACAUGGUUAAUUCUUUUGGGCUGCACAAUAACAGACACAUAGCCAACUUGUAUGCCUUGCGCAUGCUUUGGGCAUUACCAUACUUGAGAAGCCAUUUCUUUGCAGGAAUGACAGCAGCAGGUUAUUCAAAGUCAAUCAAUGCUUUCAUCCAACGGUUUCUGAGCGCACAAACACGGCUUGCACAUUUUGUGGAACAAGUUGCUGUCGCUGUGGAUUUUAGAGAUCAAGCUGCUGAACAGCAAAUAAUGCAGCAGAAUCUCCAAAAUAUAUGCCUAAAGACUGGGGCACCGAUGGAAUCACAUGCUCUCUCAGUCCUUACACCGUAUGCCUUCUCUAAGCUCCAAGAACAACUUGUUUUGGCAGCCCAUUAUGCAUCAUUCCAAAUGGAAGAUGGCUUUCUAGUGAGACACCACACGAAGCUUGAUGGAGGCCGAAAAGUAUAUUGGGUUCCUAGGGAGGGCAUCAUUAGUUGCAGCUGCCAUCAGUUUGAGUUCUCUGGAAUUCUAUGUCGGCAUGCUCUUCGAGUUCUCUCCACAGGAAAUUGUUUUCAGAUUCCAGAAAGAUAUCUCCCUAUCCGUUGGCGGCGGAUUAGCACAUCUCCUGCCAAGCUUCCUCACACUUCUCCAAAUGAUCAUGGAGAGAGAAUGCAGUUAUUGCAGAAUAUGGUAUCAACUCUAGUAAAUGAAGCUGCAAAGUCAAAAGAAAGGCUGGAGAUUGCCACCGAGCAAGUUUCCAUCCUUUUGUCGCGCAUCAAAGAGCAACCAGUUCCAUCGCAUGGGAUGAGAGAUAUCACAUCCAUUCAUAGAAAUUUCUAGCCCAAAGAAAAUAUCUUGAUCAGUUAGAAUUCUCUGUAUUUGUAAAGCGAUCAGUAGAUGAAUUAUACUAUUUUGUGGGUUGAAAUUCUGCAUGAAAGUUUUUGUAGCUCUUGUUCAUGCAAUCAUAUGAUCAUACAUGGUGUUGUAUUUUCCCUGACAGCAUUUUCACGCCUGUUCUUAUCGGAGUUCAUGAGAAAUUGCUGUAGUGUACAAAUACGUUUAUAUAGAAAAAGAAAAGAUUAUGUUGCCUGCAAA